ACCGUAGAAAACCGAAUCUGAGGCGCAGAGUUCAAACAGUGAAAAGGGUAAAUAAAAUAUAUUCCAACGGUCGAAUUGGAUUCACUCCAUUUUAGUAGGAAACGCCUGUCUGUCUGUCUGUGUGUGAGAGAGAAAGAGAGAAAUGAGGCAGAGAAGAAAGAUUGGAUCAGAAAUCCCAGAAAACCGAAUCGGGGAGGAGAAAGAAGCAGAAGAAGGACGAUUCUUCGCAUGCUAUCUGUUGACCUCUCGCAGCCCCCGCUACAAAGGCCACACCUAUAUUGGAUUCACAGUGAACCCACGGCGUCGUAUAAGACAGCACAAUGGUGAAAUAGGGCAAGGUGCUUGGAGAACGAAGCGGAAGCGUCCAUGGGAGAUGGUCUUGUGCAUCUAUGGUUUCCCAACUAACGUUUCUGCUCUCCAGUUUGAAUGGGCAUGGCAGAACCCAACUGUAUCAAAGGCAGUUAGGCAGGCUGCUGCAAGCUUUAAAUCCCUGGGAGGGCUUGCCAGCAAGAUCAAACUUGCAUACACCAUGCUCACCCUCCCUCCUUGGCAGAGCUUGAACAUCACUAUAAACUUCUUUUCAACCCAGUACACCAAACAUUCUGCUGGUUGUCCACGCCUUCCAGAACAGAUGAAGGUCAAAGUCUGCUCCAUGGAUGAGCUUCCUUCAUGUACUAAACUAUCUGAUGACCUUUUGGAAAAUGAAGAUGAGUGGUGUAAUGAAGGGGAAUUUGAUGAAGAUAUGAAUACCAGUACACUACACGAUGAAACAAUAUCGGACUUCAUGGGUCAUAAUUCAGCAGAUGAUCAGCAGAGUGAUAGUGGCAAUAGAAUGAAUGAAGUAUACAGAUGCAGUAAAGAAGUAGGAGAAGAUGAGUGGUAUAAUGGAAGAGAAUGUGAUGAAGCUAUGAAUGAUGGUACAUUACAGGAAGAAACAUCAUCUGAUCUUAUAGUUCAAAGUUCAGCAGAUGAUCAGCAGGAUAAUACCGCCAAGACAAACAAAGCACAUCAAGGCAGUCAAGAAGUAGGAGAGGAUUGUACAGAGCAAUUUGGUUUUAUCGCAUCGCCAGUGAGAACGCCAUCUUCAAAUGUCACCACCUCAUUUGGCACAGAAGUAACUAAAGAUAUAGGAUCUGCUGAUGCCAUUAGUGUUAAAUUGGGCCAACCUGCAAUGGAACAAUUGACAACUAUAGUUGCAGACCAUCAGUCGCCCAGCAGAAGCUAUCUCCGGCCUUGUGGAGCUGAGGUAAUAGAUUUGACAACCCCAGCUUCCCUAUGCAGAAGCCAUUUAUGUGGAAAGAAGAGUAGAGUUGCUCCUGUUUAUCCUAGGAUUAUUGACUUGACUAAGUCUCCCAAUUUCAUCCAACUAUAGAAGGACUUGGACAUGUAUACUACAACAAUCAAACAAGUUUAUAUAUGUUUGAUGAUUUUAUGGUUUGGUCGAAUAAUUUAGUGGAAUUUAUUGUCAUCUUUGCCUGAUGGCACAUUGUUAGCCUUCUGGUUCAAGUCUUACAGUUUGAAUGAAAUAAAAGAUCUUUUUUACUCACU